AGCGCCUGACUGAAACUAUGACUUCAACGGCCUAGUUUGGUUGGCGUUCACCCAUGUGGGUUCAGUGAUGGUUUGCUGUUAGAGAAAGGUGUGGAUCUGCAAUUAUCAUUUUUUCUUCAAACGGAACUUCUAUCAUGUCUUCGUCUUUCUUUAUAAAGACAAAACAACAACACCCGAAGAGGAAAACUGAAGCGGUGCAAAAACCUAAGGGUGAUGAGGUUUCAGGUGCUAAGAGCAAAAUAAGAGCGAAAAAGGCGAAGUCUAAAUAUAAUGAAGAGAUUUCCAGCGAAUCUGAGACUGAGAGUCCUGUAGCGUAUAAGAAAAGGCAGUCCAAUGAGGAGAGCGGAUUUGACGAAACGCCGCAGGAGAAGAAGCUUAGAUUAGCUAAACUUUACCUUGAACAGUUAAAGGAGGAAGAGGAAAAUAAAGCAGAAGAAGAGUCAUUUGAGGCUAAUCUGGUUGCCGGACGACUUCAAGAAGAAGUGCUUGAACAGAGAGGAAAACUUCAGCGGCUUAUUGCCAAAGAUCUCAUAACACCGGAUGCCUCUGAGGUCAGGGUGUUAAGAGGACAUAAACUUCCAGUUACCUGUGUGGUCAUCACCCCUGAUGACAAGUGCAUCUUUUCUGCUGCCAAAGACUGCUCAAUCAUUAAGUGGAAUGUUGAGGAUGGUAAGAAACUGCAUACGAUACAUGGGGGUAGGAAAGGUACAGAGGAUCGGCAUGUGGGGCAUACAGCCCAUAUCCUGUGUAUGGCCAUAUCAUCAGAUGGAAAAUACUUGGCCACUGGAGACAUGAACAAUCUGAUUAUGAUUUGGGAAGCAGAAACGUGUAAACAUCUAUAUAAAUUCACAGGACAUAAAGGCCCAGUGUCGGGUCUUUCAUUCAGGAAGGGAACUCAUGAUCUGUACAGUGCCUCUCAUGACCGCUCGGUCAAGGUCUGGAACGUGAAUGAGAAUGCUUAUGUGGAAACUCUCUUUGGGCAUCAGGAUGCUAUUACAGGACUGGACAGUCUGAGCCGAGAGCGCUGUGUGACCACAGGAGGACGGGACCGCACCGUGAGGGUGUGGAAGAUAGCCGAAGAGUCUCAGCUCGUCUUCCACGGUCACGAGGGUUCAAUUGAUUGUAUCCAGCUCAUAAAUGAGGAGCACAUGGUAACAGGAGGUGAUGAUGGCUCUGUGUCCCUUUGGAGUGUCAACAAGAAGAAACCUCUCAGCACAGUGAAGCAGGCUCAUGGUUGCCAUGGUGAUGUGGGGCUGGAGCAGCCUCACUGGGUCGUUUCGGUAGCGGCGCUUCAGAACUCUGAUACCGUCGCCUCAGGUGCCUUUGGCUGUUCACACAACUCACAGGUGCAGCUAUGGAAAUGUGGUCAGAAUUAUCGUGGGCUGGAGCCUCUGUUCAGUGUACCAGUGUCUGGGUUUGUCAACAGUCUGAAAUUUUCAAGCUCCGGUCAGUUCUUGGUGGCAGGACUGGGACAAGAACACAGGUUGGGCCGAUGGUGGAGACUAAAAGAGGCUAAGAAUGGGAUCUGUAUUAUUCCUCUCAAAAGAAAACCUAAUCAAGAGGAAGCCAAUGACUGAAUAGUGGACUCUUAAGUGCUUGUGUUCUUGUUUCUAAUUAAAGCUUUAAAAACGG